AUGGAGAAGGAAGAAGAAUACUGGUUUCACACGCUGAUGGUCAACUUGGGAGAAAGAACGACUACAUUUGUGAAAAUAAACUACAUUUGUGAUGAAUGUGGACAGACUUUCAAACAGCAGAAACACCUGCAGAAUCCUAGCAAAUUGGAAGGACUGUUCAGAACUCUGAUAACAGAGGGGAAGAAGCUAGUUGGUGUUGUGGUGAGGCAGGAUUCCACUUUGCCACAGUAUAUCUGUAGGAACUGUCACGCUCAGUUUUAUAAGUGUUGGACUAUCUUGAAAAACUUAAUUCAAAAAGUAAAUACUUCACCAGUAGCUGCAGUACAACAUGGACAAAAGGCUAGCAGAUGUGUUGCAGCAAAUGAAACAUCCCCAUUAAGCAAUUCUGUGUCUGAUGACUUUAAGCAGAUGUUAAACGACGGUUUCUUGGUUGCAAGCCCACAGGGUCUACAGAUUUUGCUCACCUGGGCUCACCAUCAUGGUAGUAGCUGCGGUUCUCAGCCACAUGUACAGAGUGUUUUAACAGCAGAGUAUCGAGGAGUAGUCGGUGCUGCGUGGGGGUGUCCAGAGGGCCACAGUUACAUCCUGGACAUAUAUUCAAAUCGCAGCGUUGUUUUGAAUGAGGGACAGUGCCCAUCCAGUAGAAAUAAGGACUUGAUGGAGGAAGUUCUGGAUGGUUCAAUUGCUGCAACACAUCUGCUAGCCUUUUGUCCAUGUUACCAGCAGAGGAUACACCUGCAAGAACGACUUUGACAACAUCCCAGAUAUCUAUGACAUGUGCCCCGAGAACAGCGCCAUUACUGAAACUGACCUGAGGAAGUUCCAAAGGGGACGAUGCAGAUCGUUCCUAAUUGGGUAGUGCGCAACAAGGGCAGGGAGUUACUGAGGGAGUUUCACCUCGGAAUGGAACAGUGACUGAAAAUGGUGAGGGUGAUAAUAUUGUGAAGCAUCAAACUGUCCCAGUGUUAACACUUUCAGCCUUGUACAUACAGUGGAGCCACUUUGCGGUCGGUGGAUGUGGACAAUUCGGAAUCCCCAUUGAAGAGGAUAUGUUCUUGUCCUCAGAUCCUGAAUAUACAGUGCUCUUGGGAAAAAGUUUAGGUAUAAGAUGCAACUCAACCAUUAAAUGAAGGAGCUGAUCAUGGACUUUAGGAGGUCACAUCAUCCGAGGACGUACACUCCAUUGAGGAUAAAUGGGGAUCCUGUGGAUAGGGUGAACUGUUUUAAAUAUCUGGGAGUCCACAUCUCCGAGGAUAUGACAUGGGCAUCACACGCCUCAGCACUCGUGAGUAAGGCAAGGCAGCGCCUUUACCACCUCAGGCAAUUGAGGAAAUUCAGAGUGUCUCCGAGGAUCCUCCAGUGCUUCUAUGCAGCGGCGGUGGAAAGCAUCUUGUCCAGGAACAUUACCAUCUGGUUUGGGAAUUGCUCUGCCAAGGACAAGAAGGCUCUGCAGAGAGUAGUGCGUUCAGCCGAACGCACUAUGGGAACUUCACUCGCCCCCCUGCAGGAACUAUACAACAGGAGGUGCAACUCCAGAGCAAAUAAAAUCAUGAGACCCCUUCCACCCCUGCAACGGACUGUUCCAGCUGCUACGGUCAGGCAAAUGCCUCCGUUGCCAUGCGGUGAGAACGGAGAGGUUGAGAAGGAGUUUCUUCCCAGAGGCAAUUCGGACUGUAAACGCCUAUCUCACCAGGGACUAACUCUACUGAACGUUUUUCCUUCCAUUAUUUAUUAUGUAAAAGAAUAUGUGCGUUAUGAUUGUGUUUAUAAUUUGUUUGGUUGUUUUGUUGUUUGUCUUUUGCACAAAAGUCCGCGAGCAUUGCCUCUUUCAUUUCACUGCACAUCUCGUAUGUGUAUGUGACAAAUCAACUUGACUUGACUUGACUUGAAAUGUGAAAAAAAGUUAAUUGCAAUGAAGCAUCUUGUUCUAUAAGAAAUGAUGUUGUGGAUGGAUUGGAGUCCAGUGACCUUUCUGAAAGGUAUUUAUCAAGUGAAGAUGACAGAGAAAUGAAAGUUAGGAAUGGCUCUUCAGAUGAGUCUUUUCAACCAUAUUGGAAGAAGAAGAGUAUGUUACCAGUUAAGAAGUGCAAUAUUAAGGAUGUGAAGAAACAAUCCGAACAAAAACGUGGCCGGAAACCAAAGUCAAACUUAGAAAGGGAAGACUUCCAUACCAUGUAUCGAUGUCAAUAUAAGGGUUGCUGUGCUGUUUACAGAGGAGUUGACGGACUUAAGAAACACAUAAAAGAGCAGCAUGAAGAGGUGCGUGAAAGACCUUGGCCCCGCCCAGGAUGUAACAAGGUGUUUCUGAUUGAUCGCUAUCUGCAGUGUCAUGUAAAUCUGAUCCAUACAGAAGAAAGAACAUCUUUACAGAUCAGGAUGAAGUGCAAAGCCUUUGGUCACAACUUCGGAAAGACAAACCACAUUUGAUCAACAAUCUUGAAGCAUUUUGAGCUCUAUCGUAUGACCAAGGGUCUAGAGCGAGAGAAGCUGAACAUUUUGAAACAGAUGGACGUCUUGAAAGAGAUUAUGCAUAACCCUAUCCAGGAAGACAAUGACUUAGACCUGGUGGGUAAUCAGUGUGAUGACAAUCAGGACAUUGAUGAGGAUGGCAAUGAUGGCAUCUCCGAUGUAGUUUUGUUCCCAACCCUGACCAGAUCGAUGCCAAUGAUGACAGCAGAGGACACACCUGCAAGGACGACUUUGACAACAUCCCAGAUAUCUAUGACAUGUGCCCCGAGAACAGCGCCAUUACUGAAACUGACCUGAGCAGAUCGUUCCUAAUUGGGUAGUGCGCAACAAGGGCAGGGAGUUACUGCAGACCACCAACUCUGACACUGGCCUUGCUGUCGAAUUCGAGGAGUUAAACGCCAUCAACUUCAGUGGCACCUUCUACGUCAACACAGACCACAAUCUACGCUGGCUUUGUCUUUGGCUUCCAGUCCAGCAGCCGCAUCUACGUGGUGAUGUGCAAGCAGGCCACCUAAAACCUACUGGGAGGAGAAGCUGUCCAAACCAAUGGAUACUCUAGCGUCUCACUCAAGGUGGUGAAUGCCACCACAGGCCGAGAGGGGAGGGGGAACACCUGUGCAACGCUCUCCGAAGAGACUGGCAACACCCUCGGACAGGUGCGAACUUUAUGGCACAACCCCAAUAUCGGCUGAAAGGAUUAUACCGCCUACAGGUGGCACCUGAUCCAUCGACCCUAAACAAGCUUCAUCAGGAUGGUUGUCAAUGAAGAGUGAGAACUGGUUGUCAUACCAUUGGUUUGAUGGACUUAGGGGUACUAUUGAACUGGUAUCCAUACCUUUGGUUUGGUGGACUUUAGGGUACUGUGAUAUAUUAUGGCUCUAUUAUUCUGCUAUUCAUUGCUCUAAUGCUUUCAACCAUUGUCUGUACCUACCGAGGAAUGUGAAUGUUAUCAUGUUUGAUAAAAACGAGGGAAUGAAAGAGCUCGGUGCCAAGUCUGAAUGACUUUGCAAACAACUUUUCCUAUAUUCUGGAAGGCUAUAGAAUUUGUCAGUCAUGCCAUAUUCAGACUUGGAAUCAUGUAGGAUCUUUGGUUUUCAGGACCUAGAAGAUCCGCCAGAAGGUAAAAUUUCCACUAACUUUUUUAAACUUCUUAAAACUGUCUCCACUCCUUCUC